AGCGCUAUCGCAAAGCGAACAUUCCUGGUUACAGCGUAUCAUUCGUUAUGGCUGGCCUUUACGUAUGUACGACAGAAAACGAUUUGGAUUUUAUGACGUCGCAAGGGGUCAGGGUCGGCCCAAACACCAUAGACAUAAGAAUAGCCUACGACAGAUUUCAGUACUGGCUGAAUAAAGAAGAAAAUAGGAAGAAGAGAAACUUCCCUGCUAAUUUCGACGUUGCUGGAAUCUUCACAGUCUACGACCUGAUGGGCUAUGGGGGCCUAGCCAAAAUAGGUGGUGAUUGUAGCCCAAACACAGUCUUCAUAACGAAAGAAUCCGGAGAGUUUAGCACCAUAGAUGUCGCGGCCCAUGAGCUUGGACACGUGUUAGGGGCAUCCAACGACGGUGAAAACAACCCAUGUGACGGCAGAGUGUACAACGUUAUGGCCCCAAUUAAAGGCAUUCUGAUGGAGCAGUAUGCCCACAACCUCUACACAUUCUCUCGGUGUUCUCUGGAUGCUAUCACCUACCAUCUAGAUAGAGUCACCCAAGAUCCUAAGAGCUGCUUCUUGACAACAGCAGGUGACAGCUCGUGGCGAAACAAACUAAAAGAACACAUGAGCCAGCUACUAGGAAAGAAGCAUUCUGUUAACGAGCAGUGCUCGCUCUACUACGGGAGAGGCUCGGAGAUAUGUGGCAGUUUGGAGAACAGUAACGUGUGUAAGAUGCUCUCGUGUCUCCUCCCAAGCACAGGCUCAUGCUCACAGUCGCCAUCAAUGGCUUUCGAUGGAACGUCAUGCGCCAGUGGGAUGAUGUGCAGAGAUGGGAGAUGUGUGGCUGACAGCCAGGCUCCAAAAAUGCCAUCAUCCUGUCCAUACGGAGAUUUCAGGGGCAAAUAUUACGAGAGAAAAGGUGACCCGAAAAACGCCGAUCUGCCCCAAACUUGCCAAGACCUAUUUGACAGGGUACCGUGGAGCUGCUACGAUGACUUCUAUAGUAAGAGAUGCUGUGAAAGUUGCCCGAAGCUGAAGAAGAAGUUUGAAAGUAGCGAUGAAAAUUGUGCGUACGGUGACAAACUGCCUCCGAAAAAUUGCGAACGCGCUGAAUGCAAGGUAGGCUACUGGAAAGAGAACUGCUGUAAGACCUGCUCCGCUACUGGUACUAAUACUAAUACUAAUACCAACACUCAACAAGAGACUCCGAAAGCAGUGCCAAGCUGCCCGAAUGGUGAGCCAGACUGGUGCAAAGAAUACAGCGAAUCGAAAAAGCACAACUGCUACGUUAACGAACUUGCCUGCUGUAUAACUUGCCCGAAACUCAAAAACCCAUCCCAAGUCGGUUGUGAAUACGGAGACAAAAUGAGCUGGUGUGCCAAAACCUCCAAAACCAACCCUGACGUGUGUAAAACGCGCAAGAACGAUUGCUGCUUCAGCUGCAAAUCUUAAAAGAAAUUUAUCAACAUCCUAGUUAUAAUAAUUUCAAUUAUAAUUAUUAAUUACCAGAUGAACAAUUCUGAUUAAUGAUAAUUAAUUGGUUAACUGAUUGAUUGUCGAAGUGCAAUUAAAUUUCAAUGCAAAUUGAA